GCGAGUAACCGUCUAGUUCGAGCAGCUAGUCCAAAAAAUCCUUUAAGGAUUUCUCUUCUAUUCUUUCUGCCACACGUGAGGUGACAACCGUUUUUCCACAAUGAGUUCGACCGAGCAGACAACAAGUGUUCAAUAUUCCUAUACGGAAGUUAAUUCUUUUCAAAUGAGCGAAGGAUAUUCAAGAAAGAUGACACCCGAACCAGUUAAAACGGGACGCAUUUUCUUGGCUGCUGUGGCAGCCAAUAUGUCAGCCUUUGUGGUUGGCACUUGUCUGGGCUGGACAUCGCCCAUUGGACCCAAGCUGAAGAGUGAAGAUACCUCGGAUUCACCAUUAAGUAGACCCAUCACUGCUGAGGAAGAUGCCUGGAUUUCAUCUUUGAUUGCCAUUGGAGCUUUGGUGGCUCCAUUUGCGGCCGGACCGCUGGCAGAUCGCAUUGGACGCAAAUGGGUAUUGCUAUCGAGCAGCCUUUUCUUUGUAUUGGCCUUCAUUCUCAAUAUGGUUGCCUCAGAGGUUUGGAUCCUGUACCUGUCCCGAUUGAUUCAGGGCUUUGGAGUGGGCUUCGUCAUGACUGUACAGCCCAUGUAUGUGGGUGAAAUCUCAACGGAUAAUGUGCGUGGUGCCGUUGGUUCUCUGAUGCAAUUGUUUAUAGUGGCUGGCAUUUUAUAUGUAUAUGCCAUUGGACCGUUUGUGACGUAUCAGGCUCUGCAAUGGUGCUGCAUUGUGGUGCCAAUAAUCUUUGAUGUCUUCUUUUUCUUGAUGCCCGAGAGUCCUUAUUAUUUUGCCGGCAAGGGUCGCAAAACCGAUGCAUUGCGUUCCCUGCAAUUCUUGCGUGGUCAGAGCUCACAAGGCGUACAUGACGAAAUGGCAACUAUUCAGGCAAAUGUAGAGGACGCGAUGGCCAACAAGGGAACCAUGAUGGAUCUUUUCAAGAAUGCCGGAAAUCGCAAGGCAUUGUUUAUCUGCGCCGGCCUCAUCUCGUUCCAACAGUUGUCGGGCAUCAAUGUGGUACUCUUUAAUAGCCAAUCGAUCUUUGCCAGUGCCAACACUGGCCUGGAUCCGGCCGUGGCCACCAUUAUCAUUGGUUGUGUCCAGGUUGCAUCCUCGGGGCUAACUCCCAUUGUGGCCGACCGUUUGGGCAGAAAAAUUAUGCUUUUGAUCUCGGCCAGUGUGAUGUCAAUUGGAUUGGCGGCUCUCGGUGCCUUCUUCUACAUGCAAUUGGUGGUACAGGAUAUCUCUAUGGUCGGUUGGAUGCCAGUGCCAGCUUUGAUUAUCUACAACAUUGUCUACUGUACUGGGUUUGGGCCGUUGCCAUGGGCGGUUCUCGGUGAAAUGUUCCCUGCAAAUAUUAAAUCGGCUGCCUCCUCAGUGGUCGCCUCCACUUGUUGGACUCUAGGUUUUGUUGUGACUCGCUGGUAUCCAGCCCUCGAUGCCCUUGGAUCGUACUAUUCCUUCUGGCUAUUCGCCGGCUUUAUGGUGGUGGCCAUCUUUUUUGUCCUCUUUGUGGUGAUGGAGACAAAAGGUCUUAGUCUGCAGCAGAUCCAGGAUCGUCUUAAUGGCAAACGCAACUAAAAUCGAUUAGAUUCAUGCCAUAUAUAUUGGAUUCUAUGUAUAUUAGUUUGUAAGCCUCAUAUACAAAGUAUUUUUUAUCUAGUUUUAAGCAGACACUCAAAUUUCCAAAGUCUUGUUAAUAAUAUUGUUUAUAUAUAAUAAAAUAAAAACUUGCUGAAUUAUUUAAACUAUA